AUGGCAGCAGUUUCUGGAGAGCGCGGGAGCUUUUCCACAGGGCCAGAGAGAAAAGCCUUGAAUGGCGCUGGUUCCCUGAAGUAAGGGCCGGGAGACAGCUGCGCGUGGCCGGUCCAAGACGUCAGGGCGGCGGCGCGGCCGACAUGGCCUGCUGUCACAACGUAAUGCUGCUGCUGGACACCGCGGGCGGUGCCGCUGGCCACAGCCGGGUCCGGCGGGCCGCCCUGCGCCUCCUCACCUACCUGAGCUGCCGAUUUGGCCUGGUCAGGGUCCGCUGGGCCUUCAAGUUCUUUGACUCCCUGGGGGCGCGGAGCCGCCCGUCCCGCGUGUCUGACUUCCGCGAGCUGGGGGCCCGCUCCUGGGAGGACUUUGAGGAGGAGCUGGAGGCCAGGCUCGGGGACGGCGCCCCUGGCGCCCACCUGCCGGGCCCGGCGCCCAGGGCCAGCCACACGCACGGCGCCCUGAUGGAGACGCUGCUGGACUACCAGUGGGACCGGCCCGAGAUCACGUCGCCCGCGAAGCCGAUCCUGCGCAGCAGCGGGAGGAGGCUGCUGGACGCGGAGAGCGAGGCCAAGGAGGCCGAGACUGCGCUCGGGGGCUUUGCGAACGCCGUCUUCCUCCUGGCCCCCUGUCCGCACUCGCAGAGGGAGCUGCUGCAGUUCGUGUCUGGGUGCGAGGCCCAGGCCCAGUGCCUGCCGCCUACCCACAAGCAGGUCAUGGAGAAGCUGCUGCCCAAGAGAGUCCAGGAAGUCAUGAUCGCCCGGAAGAUCAUCUUGUACUGGGUGGAUACCGCCGAGUGGUCUCAGCUGUGGGAAUCCCCAGACCACCUGGGGUACUGGACGGUAUGUGAACUGCUCCACCAGAUAGGAGGCACCAUCUUGCCGUCCGAAACUCUCAGCCAGGAUUGCACUAAAGCGGGGAAAACACUGCUUCGUAGUGAAAAAAAGCUGUCAAGUGAACCUCACCUCUCUUCGUGGAUUUCAACUCUGCCUGCUGAUGCAACUUUAAACUGUUUGCUUUAUAAUUCUCCUGAGUAUGAAGCCUCAUUUCCGCGGAUGGAAGGAACAUUAUUUCUCCCUGUUGAAGGCAAAGAAACUCAAGAAACAUGGACAGUUACCCUAGAACCCUUGGCUAUGCACCAGAGACAUUUUCAGAAACCCGUCAGAAUUUUUCUAAAAGGCACAGUGACCCCAUGGCAUCUUCCAAUGAGCAGCACUUUGGGCACUGAUAGCUGGAUGCUACAAAUUCCAGAUGAGAACCGAUCAACUCAGAGGGUGUUAUUUCAGCAGCUGGUAAACAGGCUGAUGGCUGAGGAGUUACAUCUGGUUGCCAGUGUGGACCCUGGUGAAGGCUGGCCCCCCAUCACUGGGGUGAUUUCCCCCCUCUCUGCCAACGCCACAGUUCUCACUGUGUUCCGCACUGAGGAGGCUGAAUUUCAAAGAGAUUUUCUCCAAACAGCUGUGACAGGGAGCCCCCAGGACACGGCUUCCCUUGUUUCCGAUGUUAUGGAUGAUUUAUUGAAUCAGAUUCACAGUCCACUUGAAGAUCCUGCUGCCUCUGCUCCUCCUGUUCCCGAGUGGGCCCAGCAGGAGCUUGGACGCACCACUCCCUGGACGGCGGCUGUUGUGGAGAGGUGGUUUCCCUGCUGUAACCACAGUGGCGCCAGCUCAAAUUUGAUGGAGUCAUUUUGGUUACUACAGGCUGCCUCAUCCGAGAAGGGAGAGCCUUCCAGAACUGAAAGUGAACUAACCCGCUGCCUCUCGGAGCUCUACCAGAGAAAGUCUCUUGAAGAAUCCACGGUGUCUCAGCAGGAAGACAGCAGAAAGAAACGAGGUGUCCCUCGUACUCCGGUGAGGCAGAAGAUGAAUACCAUGUGCCGUUCCUUAAAGAUGUUGAAUGUUGCAAGGCUGAACGUCAAGGCGCAGAAGUCGCAUCCAGAUGGCAGUCCAGGUGCAGCGGGGGAGAGAGGGAUCCCAAAGAGAGCCGGCGGAAGAACAGCAGAUAAAUGGGAAAACAGAGGAAGAACGCUAAGAAGUUCUAAGCCUAAAGAUUUUAAAACUGAGGAGGAGCUACUAUCUUUUAUACAUGAAAAUUACCAAAAGACGGUGGCCACAGGAGAAAUCAUGUAUUCAUGUGCUCGGAACCUGAUCUCAACCAUUAAAGCAUUCCUAAAAUCUAGAGGCACAAAGGAAUUAGAAAUGAACUGUCUGAAUCAAGUAAAAAAUACCCUCUUAAAAACUAGCAAAAAUCUUCGACAGAAUCUAGGGAAAACACUAGAUAAAGAAGAUAACAUCAGAGAGUGCCAGCUUCAGGUAUUUCUUCGUUUGGAGAUGUGUCUGCAGUGCCCUUCAAUACAUGAAAGUACAGAUAAUAUGGAACAAUUAGUGGAGGAGGUGACCGAUUGGCUGCGCAUGAUAUGUUUAACUGAGGAUUCAGCAUACUUAGCAAAGUUUCUGGAGGAAAUUUUGGGAUUGUAUAUCAGCUCUAUCCCAAAGACACUUGGAAGUCUUUACAACAGCCUAGGGUCUGUGAUUCCUCAGAAGCUGGCUGGUGUCCUUCCUACAGAUUUUUUCAGCGAUGACUCCUUGACACAAGACAGCAAAUCACCCCUUCUUUCCGUGCCUCUUAUGUCAAGUGCUCAUAAAUCAGUGUCGGGUGGCACUGAAUCUGAUCAGCUAGAGGAGCUACGGACCAGAUCAGCUAAGAAGAGAAGGAAAAAUGCAUUAAUAAGACAUAAAAGCAUUGCAGAAGUUUCACAGAAUCUUCGACAAAUUGAAAUUCCCAAAGUGUCCAAGAGAGCUACAAAAAAUGAGCACACUUGCCCUGCUCUUCAGCAACCUGCACUCCCAGUGAAAGAUGCAGUACAAGAAGUGACCAAAGUUCGAAGAAAUCUCUUCAACCAGGAAAUGAUUUCUCCUUCAAAGAGAUCGGUAAAGCGGGGGUUUCCUAGAAGCCAUUCUGUGUCAGCUGUGGAAGGUCUGGAGUGUAAACUUGACAACCUCAAGAGGCCCAAAGGUUACCACAAACUGUUGACUAAAAGUGUGGCCGAGACUCCAAUACAUAAGCAAAUCUCCAGAAGGCUGCUUCAUAGACAAAUCAAGGGCAGGUCCUCUGAUCCUGGUCCUGAUAUUGAUGUUGUUGAAGAGUCCCCGGAGAAAGGAGAUGAAAUAAGUUUAAGACGAAGUCCUCGAAUCAAGCAGUUGUCACUCAGCAGGACAAGUUCUGGUUCCUUCUAUUCUGCAUCUCAGCCAAAGUCUCGAAGCGUGCAGAGGGCUCACUCACUCCAGCAAGACAAGUCAGGCCAAAGAGACAAUCCUCCAAUCCAAAGUAUUCGUUCUCCCAAAAGGCUUCUUUUCGGGGCAGUGACUGAGAUGAUCAGUCCCUCAGAGAAGGGCUCAGCUCGAAUUAAAAGGCCUUCAAGAAACACAUUGUGUUCUGAGAUACCACCAGCUUCUCAGACUCCUAAGAAGUGUUGCUGGAAAUCUCCAAGCUCUUCUAAAGCUACACCAGGAAGGUUCCCUCAACCACAAACCCCAUUGUGCACCCCUGAAAGGCUGCAAAAGUCUCCUGCAGAAAUGACCCCUGCCAAACAGGUCUUUUCUAAGGAGUCCUUAAAAGAGGAUUCCUCACGUGGCUGGGAUUCACCAUCUCAACCAAAAGUCACUCCGGAGAAAGGACACUCCGCAGCAGGAGGAGGGGCCUCUCCUUUUGAACAGAAGAUACCAGGAACUCCCGAAAGGCCACGUGGUCAGCCAUGUGGAUUUCUGCAGAAUUCUACUUGGCCGCCCCCAGUGAAUUCCAGUUCAGAAAGCACUUCCUGUCCAGCAGCCCUGAUUCUGUCGGCUGCCCGGGCCAGAAGUCAGCACCUGGCUGCCAUCAGAUACUCUCUCAGGACGCCCCCGAGAGCAGCAGCCCUGGGGGUGCAAAGAGAAACUGCCUUCACAGACACGCCUCCGAAUGAAAACCACCAAUGCCCCCACCCCCGCGGAGCGUCUCCAACAGAGAAGCCAGCGCAGACACAGAAGGAUAAAGCUGUCAAAACCCCGAAGAGACCAAGGGACACGAGGACUUCUUCCCCACCUAUUUCCCAAAAGAAACCUUUUCCUCUGCCUUUAUGUGGUACUUCCCAGAGGAGUCCACUUAGGAAAUUUUCGGUAGAAGCUCCUGCCCCUGGGGAACUGGACUGGAAAGAGCCCCAGGAACCGCCCAGUACGGCCACCUCUCUCCCCGGCUCCGCACCCCCAGCCCCACCCCCAGUCCCACAGAUGGCUCCGUCUGACGCUGCCGCCCCCCUGCCCCCUUCUAGAAUUGGGAAAAGGCACAGAAAGACCUCCAGUCCUGGAACAAACUUGCUGGAGUGGCAGCCUUACGCCUGUGCCGCCCCUAGGGCUGCCGUAGCUGACAGCCCAGCCACCAUCGCAGAUGCCGGACAGGCCCGGAAGGAAGGGACGCCCUCUCCUCAGUCUUCUCCUGAAGGACACAGUCUCCCUGGGCCUGGCUUCGGGAGCGCCUGGCACCUGGCCUCGCCUUUGCUGAUUCCGGGUGCCACGGAGCAUCUCACCCUGCUGGAUGAAGCUGAGCCCCGGGGCCGCGGAGACUCGCAAAGUAACGUUUCACCGCCGGAAGACGGUGAGGGGUCAAGGGUGGUGGUUGCCGAUGAGGACUCUUCUGUGUCCAGCCCCGGGAGCCCUCCGUCUCCCGCCUCCGGGCCCAGCCUUCCCCCGACACCUUCCUACGACCUGCGCUGCACCGCAGACAGAGGGCAGCGCCGGGCGGCCGCGCCGCUGGAGAGCCCGCCCGCUUCAGGCUGGCCUCCCACAGCCCCUGCCAGCCCGCAGGCCUAUGAAGUUGAGCUGGAGAUGCAAGCCUCCGGCCUUCCCAAGCUGCGAAUCAAGAAGCUGGACCCCAGCUCUGUGUCAGAAGCCGGGCCUCUCAGGAGGGGGGAGAGCCCCCUCGCUGGUCCCAGCUUGCCCAGGGGCAGCAGGUCCUCGGGCAAACCUGAAACCUACGUGUCGCCCCCCUGCCUUCGCCCCUCGCACAGCACCCCUGGCAAGAAUGCGGGACAAACCUACAUCUGCCAGUCCUGGACCCCCACCCGCUGUCCCCCCAGUACCCCAUCUCCAUUUAAAAUAGACAUUGGAGUUCCUUGGACACCAUCCCCCAAGCACAGCGGGAAGACCACUCCCGACAGGAUUAAAGACUGGCCUCGGAGAAAGAGGGCGGCGGGCUGCAGCCUCGGCACCUCCGCCGGGAGGGGCGAAGCCAGCGCAGACCCCCCGGAGGGCGCGCCACCCGAGCCAGAGGGCAAGGAGCGAAGCCUGGGGCCCGGCCUCAGCAAGCCCCUCGUCCUGGGCGAUUUUGAGCUCGAGGGAGUGUGUCAGCUGCCAGACCAGUCGCCCCCUAGGGACAGUGGGCCUAAGGCCGAGGAGGCCAUCUCCUGGGGACAGUUUGGGCUGGGAAGGAAGAGGCUCCUUUCUGCCAAGGAGAGAGCUGAGCAUCAAACCAAAAGAGUCUGUGACAAGCAAAGAGAAGACUCAGACUCUCCAGGCGCCAGUGCACCGGGGCCCUCCUCCAGCGGGGACGACGACGUAUUUGUCCCAGGUUCCCCCCCGGCCCCCGGCUGGGCUGUGCGGACCUGCCUCUCUGCCAGCGGUCUCCGGGCCCUGACCCAGUCGCCUAUGCUGUUCCGGGGGAAGACGCCCCCUCGGUGUAAGGACAGCGGAGGUGAGGACACAGAUGCUCUCCCCCUGACGGCAGAGGAAUCUCCUUUCAGCCGAGCAUUCGCCAGGAGGCGCCCCAUCAGCAGAACUUACACACGGAAGAAGCCGAUGAGCUAGUUAGGGGGACUUCUAACUACAACACUAGCGCGCUUAUCGAGCCACCGCCUUCCCUGGACAGAAGGGCUCGAGAGCGGUUUUCUCCGGAUGUGUUAGGAAUUCCAGACACACAUCACACAGGAAUUCUUGGCACAGAGACUCAGUUCAUCUGAGCACCUGCUGAUCAGCACCGUAUGGAACCCUGAGCUUGCUGCCCCGAGACACAGGGGGCUUCGUGGAACU